AAGCGAUCCUGGUCUAGAAAGUAAUAUUAAAUAUAUUCUAACAACAGCUUAUCAAGCUUAAACGUGCUGCUGUUGUUCAGCCGCUGGUUUUACUCUUUCUGGCGCAAAGUGGGCCAAAAACAAAGAAGAGAGACGGACUCGUGACAGAAAAGCCGAUCAGCUGAUCAUUAAGCAGUUUCACGAUUGAAGUAGCAGCAGGAGAGCGAGAGGCAGUCGCUCCAUAUAUCGGUUGUUAAGCUUAACAUGGGAACGCUUUACAAACAUUCAGAGAUGAACUUACACACUUGCUUUACUUCUCUCCGAGAUAACUUCGGCGGAGAUGAAAUGGUCUGGGUCUAGGUUUAAAAGCUUGUCUAUACGAAUGUCUGGGAUGAUGGUAUUGAAGGCCGAGCUGAAUUCAAUAAAGAGCAUCCUUACUGAUUUCCCAGGAUACUCCAGGUGAUGCAGAGGAGAGUGAAGGGCGGUGCAAAUUGCAUCCUCUGUGGACUUUUUUGCCUUGUAGGGUGGGAGGCAGUCCUUUAUGUGCCUUAGGAGCAGCUUCUCGAAGCACUGUGCAAUCACUGGAGUCAGUGCGAUGGGUCUGUAGUCGCUGAGGCUACUGAUGGUGGUUAUUUAUGGUCUGCUCUUGCUCUGCUGUACAUGUCCUGGUCCCCAGAUUUGUGUGUUGAGUUGCAUGCCUUUAACAAUGCCUGAACCUUACUCGUCAUCCAGGUUUUACGUUUGGGGUAGAGCCGGACAGGCUUUUCCGUGGAGACAGUGUCCAUGCAGUGCUUGAUGUAACCUGCGGUUGUGUGAGUCUCUAGUUCAUCAUGUUAAAAGACACUCCACUCUGUGAGGGUACUUGAAAAGGUUCUGAAAGCGUGAGGAAACACAUUCCUGUAAACCAAGAGAAGACACAAGUACACGUGUUUCUUUCGGGAAUGUUCCUCCUCAUAUACAGGGCGAACAUUUGUACUGUUUUAAAAGACCUUAAAGUCUCCUCUUAUUUUUCUUAAAGCACACAAACUACAGAGUUGUGCAGUGAGUCAACGUGUUAUUAAACAACAUAUCAUGUGACCCAGAUGUUGACCCGGAGAUAAUGGAGGAGUCAACUUGAUGGAGGUUUUGUGACUUUGUGGUGUUUUCCUCCUGCAGGCUGUCCUGUCGUCUCACUCCUCCCCUGCUUGAUCCACAUGGACUCGGCCAUCUCCCACCACAACAAGCUGCAGACUGCUCACACCUCUCAGGACAACGACCCCAAACACACAGCCAAAGUCAUUAGGAACUAUCUUCAGUGUAAAGAAGAACAAGAAGUACUGGAAGUGAUGGUACGGCCCCCACAGAGCUCUGAUCUUAACAUCAUCGAAUGUGUCUGGGAUUACAUGAAGAGACAGAAGGGGUUGAGGAAGCCUGUAUCCACAGAAAAUCUGUGGUUAGUUCUCCAAGAUCUUUGGAACAACCGACCAGCUGAGUUCCUUCAAAAUGCGACUUUAAGGACCCGCUGCCUUAAUCUUCUGGGCUUCCAGCAGUUUAUGGAAGACAGUGAAAUGACCUCUGACCUGAUGGACGAGGGAAAGGAGCUGAACCGCCAGGGUCAGUAAAACCGAGACAGCUCUUCAGAAUCGGCGACAACAUCUCCAGCACCAUCAGACUGAGAACAGGAGCUCCUCGAGGCUGUGUUCUCACCCCACUGUUGUUCGCUG